GUCACGUGACGGGGAGCACUAGACUUCAGGCUGGCCAGCGCACUUUAGCCUGUGGGCGCGAUGUGGGCCAGCUUCAUGUGGCACGGGGCGCUGUCCCCUGGCCGCCGCGCACAUUCAGCGCUGGCUCAGUUGCGCUGCAUCCUGGACAGCGAACUGGAAGGGAUCCGCGGAGCCGGCACCUGGAAGAGUGAGCGUGUGAUCACGUCCCGCCAGGGACCGAGCAUCCGCGUGGACGGCAUCUCGGGAGGAAUCCUCAACUUCUGUGCCAAUAACUACCUGGGCCUGAGCAGCCACCCUGCAGUGAUCCAGGCAGGUCUGCAGACUCUGGAGGAGUUUGGAGCUGGACUCAGUUCUACUCGAUUUAUCUGUGGGACCCAGAGCAUCCAUAAGAAUCUAGAAGCCAAGAUAGCCCACUUCCACCAGCGUGAGGACGCCAUCCUCUAUCCCAGCUGUUUCGAUGCCAACGCUGGCCUAUUUGAGGCUUUGCUGACCCCAGAGGAUGCGGUUCUGUCAGAUGAGCUGAACCAUGCUUCCAUCAUUGACGGCAUCCGACUGUGCAAGGCCCACAAGUACCGUUACCGCCACCUGGACAUGGCUGACCUGGAAGCCAAGCUGAAGGAGGCUCAGAAGCACAGGCUGCGCCUGGUGGCCACAGAUGGAGCUUUCUCCAUGGAUGGUGACAUCGCUCCCCUACAGGACAUCUGCCGCCUUGCCGCCCAAUAUGGUGCCCUGGUCUUUGUGGAUGAAUGCCAUGCCACUGGCUUUCUUGGGCCCACAGGACGGGGCACAGAUGAGCUGCUAGGUGUCAUGGACCAGGUCACCAUCAUCAACUCCACCCUGGGGAAGGCGCUGGGUGGAGCAUCAGGGGGAUAUACCACCGGGCCUGAGCCACUGGUGUCCCUGCUACGGCAGCGUUCUCGGCCCUACCUCUUCUCCAACAGCCUGCCCCCUGCUGUAGUCGGCUGUGCUUCUAAGGCCCUGGACCUGCUCAUGGAGAGCAAUGCCAUCAUCCAGUCUAUGGCUGCCAAGACCCGGCGGUUCCGCAGUAAGAUGGAAGCUGCUGGUUUUACUGUCUCAGGAGCCGAUCACCCCAUCUGCCCUGUGAUGCUGGGAGAUGCACGGUUGUCUUCUCAAAUGGCAGAUGACAUGUUAAAGAAAGGUAUCUUUGUCAUCGGAUUUAGCUACCCUGUGGUCCCUAAGGGCAAGGCCCGGAUCCGGGUGCAGAUCUCAGCUGUACACAGUGAGGAAGACAUUGACCGCUGUGUGGAAGCCUUCGUGGAGGUGGGGCGGCUGCAUGGAGCUCUGCCCUAAGCUCUUGGUAGGGACCUGCAGAGCCAAAGUUCCUCCACUGCCGCUGACAUAGGGCUCCUCUGGUCAGCCCAGAUCAGAGGCUGUGACUCAACCCAGACUUCUAGAGCCUGGUUGAAAAUGGGCCUGUACUUGUCAUCAGAGAGACAACAAUGUGGAAUUUGGCUAUGACACUUCAGUCUGCUUUAUUCUGGGUAGGCGUACCUCUGGCUACCUGAAGAACCAGGCAGGGGCUGGAUCUCGCAUGAGGUGCAUCUUCCCCCAAACUAAGUCGGGAUGCUGUGUCUGGGAGCCACCGUUUCGUACAUAAAGCAUUCUGUGCUGCUGUGCAGGGCAGUGGAGAACCAGCCCUGUGGACCCUUUCUGCAGCCUAAGCUGGGUGGGCACCUUGUCUCCUGUGCCCUAGCAGAAGGAUAAAAUGUAACUGCCAAAUGAGAAUUGUUCCUAGACCUGUGUUCCCUAGGAGAGGGCAGAGGUUCAGGCCCCAGAAAGAAGAAAGCAGAUCACCCCUGAAGGACAUCGAAUCCUUGUUUUCCAGAGCUCUUUGUCCUUAACCCCGUGGCCUUAGGCCCCUGUGCAGGUCCCAGUUUCCCCCCACUUUAGAGAGCUGAUGUUCCAUAGGGACACCUUUCUGUCUCUGAUUCAAAAGCCGAUAGUCUGUCUGAUGGUUCAGCCGCCAGGGGGCGCAGCGCGUUCACGCUGCCGCCGCUGGCUACUUGGGGGCCUUGGAUCAGGCUGUUGGGCAGCCCUCAAGCCAGGCCAGAAGGGCUGGUUUGCUGCUACGAAGGCCCUGUCCUUCUACCCUGUCUUCCUACCGGCAACCAUCACACCUGCUGCUCCAUUACCAUAGGUGUGGCCUCCUUCCCAUUUUGCUGACCUUGCUUUACUGUGGGAAAGGAGGGGUGGAAUCUCGCAGGCUCAGCCCCGCAGGCUUAUGACUGCUGCUGUAGGCUCAGUGUGGGGGUGUGGCCUUGGGUAGCUCCCUAGCUAUCUAGAAGUAGAACGUGGCAGGCAAGUAGGACUUACGGUUUCAUUAAAAAAACAACAAUGCAAAACCAAAAACAG